AUGCGUGCCUUCACCGCUAUCUUCUCUAUCGCCACUCUCGCCCUCGGCGUCAUUGCCACUCCUUCCCCUGAUGCGGAGAGCAACUUUGAGCUCGUCAAGCGCAACUGCGGCGGCGGUAGCGUUCAGUGCUGCAACAGCGUCCAGUCCUCCAGCAGCACGAACUUCACCCGCAACACCUACAUCUACCUGCUGUUCUUGGGCUUCACUCCCGCUCAAAUCGUCGCGCUUCAGCAGGCCCAGGCGGCGAACAAUGGGGUCGCUGUCGUCUGCUCGGGCUCCGGUAGCGUGUCGUGCAACCAGCAAAACGUGUGCUGCAACGGUAGCCACUUCAGCGGACUAAAUGUUCAGGCUUGCAACGCUGUCAAUGCUUAA